AUGAACGGGCCACUUUUUACCGGACGUCAAAUAGGUGGGACGAAUGAGAUGGAUGAUCAGACCCAACUUGCGAUCAAAAGUAUGCAAACAUUAAUGGAAUCUUGUCCGGCAAAAACCGUCAUGUCGGGUGUCAUGGGCUUUGCCCUUGGUGGUGUCUUUGGGCUCUUUAUGGCCUCGAUGCAAUACGAUACACCUCUACAUACAUCAUCCACAGCGUCGACAACUAUGUCUUUACCUCUUCGUGAACAACUCAAAGCUGGAUUUAAGGACAUGGGAACGCGCUCUCUAUCAUCUGCCAAGAACUUUGGGAAAGUCGGUGCCAUCUUCGCCGGUACUGAAUGUUGUAUAGAAGGAUUUCGUGCUAAGAAUGACGUAGUAAAUGGCAUAUUAGCUGGCUGUAUUACUGGGGGAGCGCUUGCUGCACCGGCUGGACCACAGGCAGCAGCGGUAGGAUGUGCUGGAUUUGCAGCAUUUAGUGCUGCGAUUGAUAUGUAUAUGCGGAGACCAAGCGAAGUUGAUUGA